GGGCGGAAUGGGGACUGCAGCGGCGGCAGCGGCAGCGGCCGGGGAGGGGGCGCGCAGCCCGAGCCCCGCCGCCGUGUCGCUCGGCCUGGGCGUGGCCGUCGUGUCGAGCCUGGUGAAUGGGUCCACGUUCGUGCUUCAAAAAAAGGGCAUCGUGCGCGCCAAGCGGCGAGGUACCUCCUAUUUAACAGACAUUGUGUGGUGGGCAGGCACAAUUGCAAUGGCUGUUGGCCAGAUUGGAAACUUCCUGGCUUACACUGCAGUCCCCACAGUCCUGGUGACUCCACUGGGUGCCCUUGGAGUGCCGUUUGGGUCUAUUUUAGCUUCUUAUCUCCUGAAGGAAAAGCUCAACAUCUUGGGCAAGUUGGGGUGUCUGCUAAGCUGUGCAGGUUCUGUUGUGCUGAUUAUCCACUCCCCAAAAUCUGAGAGUGUAACCACUCAGGCUGAGCUGGAAGAGAAGCUGACUAACCCAGUGUUCGUGGGCUAUCUGUGCAUCGUGCUCCUUAUGCUGCUGCUGCUCAUCUUUUGGAUCGCACCGGCCCAUGGGCCCACCAACAUCAUGGUCUACAUCAGCAUCUGCUCCUUGCUAGGGAGCUUCACCGUGCCUUCCACCAAGGGCAUCGGGCUGGCGGCCCAAGACAUCUUCCACAACAACCCAUCCAGUCAGCGGGCCCUCUGUCUGUGCCUGGUGCUCCUGGCUGUGCUCGGUUGCAGCAUCAUCGUCCAAUUCAGGUACAUCAACAAGGCGCUUGAGUGCUUCGACUCAUCUGUGUUUGGGGCCAUCUACUACGUCGUGUUCACCACCCUUGUCCUGCUAGCCUCGGCCAUCCUCUUUCGCGAAUGGAGCAAUGUGGGCCUGGUGGACUUCUUGGGUAUGGCCUGUGGUUUCACCACCGUCUCCGUUGGGAUUGUCCUUAUACAGGUGUUCAAAGAGUUCAAUUUCAACCUUGGGGAAAUGAACAAAUCUAAUAUGAAAACAGACUAGGUUGCAACAGGGGGUUGGGUGGUUCAAGGAAUAGGAAAUGGAUGUGGUUCCUGGCCCUAAUUUGAUGUGAAGUAGAAGAGACCCUAAUCAAUGGUAUUUAAAAUUGCUUGCAUAUUAAUGGGUGGUUUGGUGGACAAUGGAGAGCAUCACUCAAUACCAGGGUGGUGGCCCAGCCCUUUGCAGUCUGAAGUUGCUAAAUGGUUGCCUGGGCAUCAUCCCUCUUUGAUGAGAGGAAUCUCAUAUUCAUUGCCAUUAACCUGGAAGCUUUCAUGAAUAGUCUUUCCUUUUAAAAUAUUUUAACAUUAUUUAAGAGAGAAUAAAGAUGGGCUCUUUCUGAUUAGUCUUUGCAGGAGAGCAGAUAUUCUUAUUUAGAAGAUUACUUUGGAAAUGGGAGAAAUUGUUGUCUUGAAGUCUGACUAUACGGUAAAUGUGUCCGUAGUUUUGUUACUUUGCAUUAAGCAUGUAUAACAUUCAGGUACCUCAUCCAAAUAAGAAGUAUAUACAUGUAAUUGUUUUUAAUCCUCUAAUGAGCUUACUCUCCCACCCCCUACUCCAAGACAUUUUAAUUGAAAAUAGAGAGAGAAUAGGUGGACAUGAUGCAGAGUUCCAUUUAUAGGAUGACUUUCAAUACUCAAAUCAAUUUCAGUGCCUUUAUCACUUGAACUCUUCACUUAAUUUGACGAUUACUAUGUGUAUGUUCUCUUAGAUUAGAAUAACUCUUUGAUUAUACUUUAAUAUUUCACUACUCAAAAUAUAAAUGUGUAAAGCAUUAAGAACAGUAUAUUCAUUUGUUGGAAGAAAGUCAAGGUGAAAGACACAUUAGAGCAAAUUGACCCUUUUAGCAUGUAGUUAUUAUCCAAUUAAAGACAAUUGACUUAAGCAGCAUAAGGUAUUUUAUUUGCAUUCAGUCUGUGUACCUGGGACCCACUAUCAAAUAUAUCCAUGUUCUUUUUCAGUGAGCAUUGUGGCCAUUCAGAAGAAAUAAUUUAACUUGAUAGUAACGCUGUUAGAUGAGAGAGUAACUGUUUAAUAGCACAUAUAUCAAGUUCCUUAUAAUACAGGAACAGGUUAAAGGACACAGUCAAGCUCAGGCUAGUUUCUGUAAAUUGGAACACAUAUAGUAAGUUCAAAAGAUUUCUAGCAAAAAUGAAAACAAGUAACUUAUGCAUCUCCCUAUUGUUUGAGAUGGCAAAGCACCCUACGUUUCUCACCCAACUUCUCAUUAAACUUCUGAAAUACUAAAUAGCCACUAAUUAUGCCAGUAUUUGGGUCAAAGAGAUAAUUCGUCUGUUUAGAGUAACCUAUGUAUAUUAAAUGGGAGCAAAGCACAAAGUGAUGCAAAUUAUUUCAUUAAGAUAUCAUGUACUUCAUGUGCAGUGUUUUAUCCAAAUAGGGAACUGUGUCAAGUUGGAAGAUGGGAUUGGGUAAGGUAGAUUUGGUGAACUAGAAUAUCAAAUUUAAUGGUACCCAAUUGAAGUUACUCACUAAGGGAAAAAUAUUUUUUUUCAGGCAAAAAGAACAUUUUUAAAGACCAAAGAAAUUGUUCCCUAGAGUGUUGAACAAAGAAGCUAAAUAAAAUGAGGAUAGUUUAACAUAGAGUGAAGAACACCUGUAUGAAUUAAAAGUACAUCUGAUGAUUGUGGGUUGUCAGGGAUUAGUGAACUAAGAGCAGCAACAAAAUUGUUUUAAAAUUUUAAAAAGCUUAUAUUCACUGAUAGUUAAUAAAUAUUCAAAAAGUCCCUCACUCUUUUUAUCAGCUCUUGAAGGUUUGUUUUUUAUUAGCUGGUAUUUUUAGGAAUGCAAGCCUUAAUUUAUUGAACUGAACUUUCAAAAAUGUCAUAUAGUUGUAUCAGUAUACUUUUAGGCAUAAAAAUAGUUUCUAGAUAAGGAGUUUGAGAGAUUAAAAGAAUACAUGUGGUAACCCAAGUAUACUGAGAAAGUUCAUGUGUCAUGUGGAAAUUAUCUUGUUUAUUUUGUUAUAACUUACAGGUGAAGCUUAGUUUAAAUUAAUUUAUUAGUGCUCCUCAUUAUAUUUUAAUUCACAGUUGUACCAUGGAUAUUCAGAGAUGAUAUUUUCUGGAUGAUUACCCCUGUGAUUUUUUAGAGUAAAACAAAAUCUGAAAGUAGUAAUAGCUGGUCUCCUCUUCAGGGUGACUUGUUCUGAAACAGACUCUCCCAGGUUUAGGAGAUUAUUUUGGUAGGAUGCACAGCUUUCCUUCCAGUAAACAAAGUUCUUACGAUUGUAUUUCAAGUGUGUGACUCUAGCCUCAAGAUAAUUGACAUGACCAGCAGUCUAGUAACCUAAUUUUCAAGUUUGACAUAGAGCAUAUAACUUGAUUUAAUAGUAUUUUAUAUAUAUAUAUAUAUAUUUACAAAUUCACGUUUUCAUAAUUUGUUUGGAAUUGCAAAGAAAAAACCUCAAAGUGAGAGUUUUAGGGGAGGGCCUAGAAUGGGAAUGGGUCUCAUUGGUCUCUCCAAAAGUAGAUACAUAUAAAAUAUUUUCAUUAUUAUACUAUUCCUUGGGUUUCUCCUUUGUAUUUGUUUUCAAGCCUCUUCUAAAAUCUUAUGUUUCUCAUCACAAUUUGCAAAUUUACUCCAGACAGAUACUUAAAUAAGCCAUUUCUCUCCUCUACUCCUUGGUCAAUGCUUUGUUUUCUCAUCUGAAUCUUUACAUUUAAAAAGAUUACUUUCUGGUUUUGCUCAUUGGGGCCUAGCACUGAGACCACCCUGGGUAUUUUGCUGCUCUAGAGGACCAUCCCAUGUCUGUAGAGAAGGCUCUGGAGAGGAAGGGCAGUCUCUUUCUUGCCACACAUGGAGCAAGAACUGCCCACAGCUCGUUCUUCAGUCAAAUGUCACUAUGGUAU